AUGACGAUAGGCAAUUCCCCAAUGCAGGGAUCUCCUCCUUCUGUGUCUAGUGUUCAGGCCCAGGCCGAUAACUGCAAGAUUACUCGUACUCAACCUGACGAUAGCAAAGCCCCUUGCAAUGGAGACAAUGCCAGUGAAAUAAUAAACGGACUCCAAGAGCAGAUCGUUGAGCUAGAGAAGCUGGUGAAAAGACAGAAAAGAACCAUCACAAAUCAGAGCAGAGCGAUCUCUGAUCCCAGAGUUCAUCGCCCCAUGAUGUAUCCUUUGACACCUCAGCACCCGGGACCAAGCAUGGUGGCUACUCCCUACCAGACUCCCCAUUCGGGGUUCUCCCAAUCCGAAUACUCCUUGUGUGGACAGUCUGAGAUUUCGCAGUCUUCGAGCAUCUACGAUCACCCUCCUCCGCCAUUUGGCCCUCUCGUCAACAACUCAAGGUCGGCCCGUCUCGGUGCUGCACAUCGGGACGCUCCUGCCACAUCGGACCCGUUUGGACCGUCGGCUCAAGCUAUGCUCAAUGCUCCUUCCGUUACGGACCCUCGUGAAAUGUGCAAGUGCCCACAUAUGUGUGAAUUCUUUGAUGCCGACGUUGCCAUUUCAGAGCUUUCGACACGAUUCCGUGAUUUGUGGCACCAUGUUGAAAACUGGGCUUAUACCCAUGCGAACAUCCCAUUGAUUCGAAAGGACAGCAAUCUAGAGCCACAGACCAAGGAGUAUAUCAUGGCUCUGGCCGACCGAUCCCAAGCGUCUGCUCUUCUCGGAGCCACAUCCACUAGACACAGUCUUGUGGCCAAAGCAAUCAAUUUCUAUCUCGUACACGAGAUUUUCAAGGUCAACAUCGCAAGAGCCUUCGAUGCUGUUGCCUCUCAGGAAAUCAGUGAGAUUCAGCGACAACUUGCAGCCGCAGAUACCACGUUUAUUGUGCGCCAACUGGCCGUUUUGGCAAUGAUGGCUCGCACCAAGAACGUUCUGGAACUUCCAGGCUUUGGCGCCUUCUACGAGGCCAAAUGCAACAUGCACGUGGCUAAACUGUGGCAAUACGCCGGGCCUCUGUCCCACGACCCCAGCGAGACAUAUAAACAGGCGUGGCAGGAGUUGAGUAACAUUGUGGGCGAGGCGCAGCUGCUCGCUACCGAUAUGUACCUGGCACCAUUCGAGUACAAUUUCGAAUUUCCGGGAUUGAACGAGCCCUUCGAUCCGACAACCAUGAUCAACCACGAUAUUUAUAUUCGGGGCAACCCUCAGGGACUGAAAAACAACGACUUCCGCGUGAGAUUGGGCGUGACUCCGAUUACCAGAAUUCGCAACAUUUCGGUCAGUCCUGCCGACGUCAAGUUAGUGUGCUGGGCAGGCGUGUUGUUGAGGUCUGCGCCAAAGGUUGAAUAA